AUGGUCAUCUUCCAGGGCAAGGUGCACCAAGCAAGCUGGUACAAAGCAGGUGUGCCCAAGGACUGGCAGAUUGCCGUGAGCGACAAAUGGACUUCCGACGACCUUGGAUUGCAUUGGUUAAAGGCAGUUUUCGACCCAUACACACGGCGCCGUACGGUUGGAACACGUCGACUUCUCAUUCUCGACGGGCACGGCAGCCAUCCUCUGGAUGUCGGGGUCAACCACAUUGAGAAAGAGGACUUCCUGCCUCUAUACGUCGAGGCCCGCGGACAAGCACUCUCCCCGUCGAACAUCAGAUGUGGAUUCAUGGCCACAGGAAUAGCAACCAUGAUGCACGGCAACAACUUGUCGAGGAGGAGCAGGCCCGACGGCAGAGAGAAGAAGAGCUAUGCGUCCCAAGACAGCGUGCACCACAACGGUGUAGUAAAUGCAGGUCUUUGA